CAAUGUGAUAUCGAAUCUUUAUCAUAACUUGCUUUUAAAUUAAUAAAUUCAUUUGACUAGAGUAUCUAUUCAAAUUUUAAUAAAUAAUCUGAACUAAAAUCAAACUAUAGAUGUUUUUCUCUUGUUCUUUAAUUCAUCUUUUAAUCUAUGAAAUUAUGUAACAUUUUAUCAUUUUGAUGUUUUAAGACAAAACUUUCUCGAUUUUUUUUUGUCAAAAUUGCAUCGUAAGUAUGUGAAUGUGACUUUAAUACAAAGCGACUAGCUUCUUACAUUACAGACUGAUGUGCAAUGCUAAUGAUUGUUACGCUUCAGGUUACUUGUACUAAUUGUUAAAUUAUACAUUUUUUAUUUUUAGAACUCACAUAGAUUUUUCGAAUGAGAAUGGUGAAUGUAAGUUUUAAGUAGAGGUUGUCCGGCCUUCCUCUUCCAGUCCUUCGACUUCUUAGCAACCGAGAUCUAAAGUCACUGGGUAUAUUCCCAUAGUAACCGAGGUCGACAAAUAUCAGACUCGUUUUCCAGAGUUUCUUAGAAAUGGAAAAAAGAUGCUGAACGACAUUAACAAAAAGACUUUGAUUGUUCCAAAAUAUUUUAAAGCCUUUGUUGAAAUUCAAAUGGCUGAAAUACGUUUGUAAAUGUCCUAAAUAGUGCAGUUUUUUAUUCAAGAUGUCAAGAAUAAUGAAUAGUCAUACAUUGAUUUGUCACAGUUAUUAUAUAGUCAACAUAAAAAACAUAAAAACUGAUCAAGUUAUAAUUUUGGAAAAUAAUCAAUAUCAAUGAUUGUGAGCUUGCCGAAAUAUAUAAUUGUGCGUUGAGACCUGCUGUGAAUAUAAUAGAUACGUACAACAGGUUUAUUUGUCAGUUAAAUGAGUGGCCGGAAUAAUAAUAAUAUUAAAUGAAGAAAAACAAAAACUAGAUUGCCAGUAAAAAAAAAAAGCUUUCUAUCCGAAGUACAAAAAUAAAUAAGGUAGGUCAUCAUUUUUCUUGUAAUCCAUUGCCCUUGAAAAAUAACUAUAAUUUGCUAGAGAUUUUUCACUUGACGUAGUUUGUAUGAGUAUAAUGAGGCUAAGGAACACAUGUGAGUUCUACAUUUUAAUCCCUAAGGCGUUGUCAUGACAAGCAAUUAUUUUUACAUGACAAAACAUAUUUUUGUAUUAGAACUAUUUUUUAUAUGAAAUAUUUGAACUACAUAUUUCAGUUUCAUACGGCUAUGAUAAGAAGUUUUUUAGUAAUAUUUCAAAAACAAAAAAGAAAAAAACUUUCUUUCUUCUAUUGAUACUAAUUGUUACUAAAAAUUUUUAUAUUAAAUAAAAAGGUCGUGAUGGUAUGAUUGAAUUUUAUAUUGAACGUACAAAAUCGACAGAUGAUUUACUUUCUUUGGAACAUUUACAAUCAAUAUGUCAAUGGGAAAAAAAAUUUAAACAUCUUCUUUCACUUGAUAAUACACCUAGUCUUUCAUUAGCAACAUUUGUUGCCUUAUAUUCAUCAAAAAAUGAUUGUCAAUUAAUAACAUCUAUUGAUGUUGAACGUUUUCGUUCAAUAAUUCAUACAUGUUUACCAUAUUAUUUAAAUGGUUAUAUGGAUAUACCAUUAAGUGACAUAUUUCUUAAUCGUGUUAUAUUACAACAUCAACCUGGUCAUUUUAGUCAUCAAGAACAAGUUAAAGCUGUUUAUACAGCAUUACGUCAUACAUGUUUUUAUAAAAAUAUAACACGUUUUAUAUUUGAUCAUUUUAUUGAUAAAAAAUUUAUAAAUGAUUUUCAACAAUCAAAAAAUCAAUCAAAAGUAUCAUUAUCAAUGAUAUUUAUAUCAAAUUAUAAAAGUAUAAAAUAUAAUCAUACACGUGAUCAAAUUAUGUGUUUAAGACGACAACCAUAUUCAAGAAAAUAUUGUCAAGAACGUGGUUGUAUAAAUGAUUUUAGAAAUAAUUAUCUAUCAAAAUCAUGUUUAAAUCAAAAUUUAACAAUAAAUGAUUGUUAUAAAUAUUGUCAAUGUCAAUAUCAAUGUCCAAAUGAAACUGAACAAGUUAUUUUAAUGAUACCAAUAUAUAAAGGACAAGAAUUAGUUGAUCUAUUUGAAAAAUAUUUUGCUGGUAAAAGACAAUUACCAACAUAUCAAGAUAAAUUUAUAAAAUUAAUUGCAUUAAAUUUUGCUAAUAUUCGAGAACGAGCUGCUAUGGCAAGAAUAUCUGAAGAUAUGUUUCUUGUUUUAAUUGCAACGGCAUUGAUUAUUGGUAUAACAGUACUUUAUUUACGAAGUGUUUCAAUAGCUUUAAUUAUUGUUGUUGGUGCAGCAUUAUCAAUUGGUGUAAGCUUUUUUAUUUAUCGUGUUGUUUAUCGUAUACCAAUAUUUCCAUUUAUGAAUUUAAUGUCAGCAUUUAUAUUAAUUGGUAUUGGUUGUGAUGAUAUAUUUGUGUUUUUUGAUACAUGGGAUCAAGAAAAAGUUGAAUGGAUAAGAAAAUAUCAGGAUAAACAACAAAUUGAUGCAAAUAUUCCAUUAAAUGAAACAAAUAAUAAAAAACAAAUUAAAAGAAGUAAAUUAAAAAUACCAUCAAAUGCAUUUCAAACACGUCAUAGAUUAUCAUUAUUUAAUGAUCCAGAAGAAAUGAGAAGAUUAUUAUUAAGUGAAGAAGCAUUAACUGAAAUAAUGGCUAAUACAUUAAAACAUGCUGCAUCAUCUAUGUUUGUUACAUCAUUUACAACAUCAGCUGCUUUUUUUACAAAUAUGUUAACAAAUAUAUCAUUUGUACAAGUUUUUGGAGUUUUUACUGGAACUUGUAUUUUACUUUAUUUUGUUAUUACAGUUACAGCUAUUUCAGCUUUUGCUGUCAUUUAUGAGAAAUAUAUUCAAAAUAUUGUAUCACGUAUACUUUCAAUACGUUUUACAAAUGUUGUUGAUACAUCAUCAAGUGGUUCAUCAGCAAAAUUAUGUCGUCGUCUUGCAGCUAUUUGUCGUGAUAUUCGAAAUUAUAUUUUUGGUCAUUUUAUGCCACUCAUUAUAAUUAAUUUACGUUAUUUAUUAGUCUUACUCUUUUUACCUAUGGGUGUCUUAGGUCUUGUUGGUGUUUUUCAUUAUCCAAAAUUACGAGUUCCAUCAACACAAAAAGUUGCAUUCUUUUUAAAAGAUAAUCCAAUGGAAAUAUAUGAAUUUUCAAUGAAAAAUAAUUUUAAUGGUUAUUCAAAAGAAGAAAAACGUUUAUUUGCAUAUCCAGCUGUAUCAUUUAUAUUUGGUAUACGUGAUAUUGAUGAUGGUUAUAUAUUUGAUAUGAAUGAUCGUGGUCAUCUUCAUUUAAUGCCUAUUUAUUUAGAACGUCAAAUAACAUUAGAAUUUUUUAAAAAUUUUAUAUCACAUUUAGGAACACGAGCUGAUUUAUUUGGUUCAAAUUAUGAUUUAGAAAAAGAUUUUGAAACAUUUUAUCAACUUUCAACAGAAGAUAUUUUAAUAGCAAAAAUAACUGAUGAUUAUGCUAAACAAAAUUUAACAAAUACAAAUAAUAUUAAUAUGAUUAAAUAUUUAACAAAAAUAAAUAUAAGUUUAAUACAAAAUUUAGUUCGUGAUACAGUACGAACAAUUGAUUAUAAAAUUGAAAUUGAUCAAUCGGAUCAUGAUGAUUAUAUUGAUAUUAAAUCAAAUAAAAUUAAUAUAACUUUAAAUAAAAUUAGUAGAAAACAAUUAAGUAAUUUAACAAAUCCAAUUAUUAUUUAUUCAAAUUAUAGAAAAUUAUUUAAUAAAACUUUACAAAAAUAUUAUAAAGAACAGAUCAAAAAUAAUUAUGAUGUAAAUGAAAUUCGUAAUUCAUUAAAUGAAACAAUACGUGAUAAACUUACUGAAGAUUAUCAUCGUUCAGCAUUAAAAACAGCUAUGCAAUGUUUAACUGGUGUAGCUGGUGCUAAUAAUGUACCAGAAGAUUUUUGUGAACGACAACUUAAAAAACAACGUUCUAUUAAUUGGGCAGUCUUACCUGAUAAACCAUCACCAAUUGAUGGAAGUGUUCGACCAUUUGCUGUUAUUAUUACUAUUCGAGGUGCACUUAAUCAGACUGAUUAUGAUUCAUAUAAUACAUAUUAUUUCAAAGUGAAAAAUUUCUUUGACCCAUAUAUAAAACAAAAUGCACCAAAACAUUUACAACAUGCAUGGUUUUCUUCUCCGGGUUUUGCAUUUUAUGGUGUUCAACGUGAAUUACUUGUUGGUUCUUAUUCAUCUUUAAUUGCGUCACUUGGUAUUGCUUUACUUGUACUUUUUCUUACAUCAGGCAAUUUAUUUAUUGCAGUUUAUGCUUUAAUUACAAUUACUUUUGCUAUUGCUGUGAGUGUUGCAAUAUUUGCUGCCUUAAAAUGGGAAUUAGGAAUAGUUGAAGCUAUUAUUGUUAUUAUGUCUGUUGGUCUUUCGGUAGAUUUUGUUGUUCAUUUUGGUGUUGGUUAUAUUCAUACAGAUUCAGCAGAUAUUGAUCAUGAACGAAAAAAAAUAAAACGACGUUAUUUAUCAUCAAUAUCAAUACCAACAGAAUCUCCUGAUAGUCUUGAAAUACGAACUUCUAGUAAAAUGAAUACUUAUUAUUUAAUAUAUAAACAACAACAAAUUGAACGUGAGACACGUGUAACAGAAUCAAUAUCUCGUGUUGGUUCAGCUGUUUUUAUGGCGGCAUUCACAACAUUUGCAGCUGGAUUUUCAAUGACAUUAUCAUCACUUACUGCAUUUCGACAAAUGGGACAAUUUUUAAUGACAAUUAUGCUUACAUCAUGGGUAUUUUCAAUGUUUUUCUUUUUACCAUUGUGUGCUAUAAUUGGUCCUGUUGGUAAAUGUGGUUCAAUACCAUUUACUCAAAUUGGUGAAUAUUUUAAACGAUGUUUAUUAUUUCGUUGUCAACGUCGUAAUUCAAACGAAAUUGUUAAUGGAUAA